UUCAUAGCUUUUUUUUGUAUUUAAUUUUUUUCGCGUGGAAUGAAUGAAUUUACCAAAAGUGUGUAACGCACACAUUUCGCACACGUUUUCGGGGAAUAUCUUGGGAGCUGUUGGAGAUGGAGAAAUUUUUGUGGACCCUUUUUUGAAGUGCAGAAGAAAAGUUGCAAAAAAGGUUCAGAGGAAAUUUCAGUGGCUCUUUCGGAUUUCGAGAUAUUGCGCUUUUUCGGGUUGUGUGAAGGGGAAUUUUAGUAUUUUCGAAUGUUUCGGGUGGGAUUUGAGCGCGGUCAUUGGUGGGUGGUGUCAUCAUAGUUCGAAAUAACCGGGACUGCUGGGGAGAUGUCAAAUGGAGAUGAGUCCAAGUAUUCUCACAGGAUUUACAAGAAUGAUCCCGUCAAGUACAAAAAUUACGUCGAUAAACGUGCGAAAAUCACUUGUAAAGACUCUAGUAUUUACGAGGGAAUCGUUUACACCGUGGAUCCAGUAUCUGAGAGCGUAAUAUUAAUUAACCCUAAAAACUCCGAUAAUUGUGGAGCUACAAUCCUCAUGGGGGGCUCCAUAAAGUCCAUUGAGAUUCUGGAGAAUAGCGAAGACAGCCUCCCGGAAUUUUUCCUCCAGGAAAAACCAGAAAUGUCAAAGGCUGAUAUCCAGUUGAAAAAAGAAGAACUGAAAAAAUUAUUAAUGGACAACAGAAUUCCAGUUGUCGACGACAACGACGUCCUGACAAUCCAGGAUGUCGUCUCCCUGGAACCGCCAUAUGACAGCUGUCUCUGCGCUAAUCCCAUAAUCAUGUCCAGAAUCCAGGGAAUUUUAUCUCAACUAAAAACCAAAUGAUAAAAAUAUCUCACUGUUGUCUGAUAUAUUUAUUCACUCAUGAUCAAGUUACAAUAAAUAAUCAUAUGGAAAUACUAUAAAUCUUUGUUUCAUACUCAUUUUUACAAAAAUAAAUUGGAAAUGCGAUUACUGACUUACGAACAUCAUUGGAAUGGAGAUUUUCUAAUUAUUUUGUGCAGUUGUCGAGAAUAAUUGUAUAGUAAUAUAUUCCUUGAAAAGCUGGAGAUAUUUCCAAUCGGAAUUUGUUGUAAACAUUUGUGAUAUUAGAAGAACGAGAGAUAUUAAUGCUUUUUGAGUUUAGCAAAGAUAAUUUCAGCUGUUUCCACUGAAAAAAGAGAAUUGUAAUGAAUUACCGGGAUUUUCAGUGGCUCUCGCUGGUUUUAUUAUAAAUAAUAUUUGGAUUUGACGAAGUAGAAAGCACGGUUGAAAGCUCGACGUGUAAUACUUGAGUUACAAUUAGAUAACGAGACACUGAUAAAUCUAUUAAUGCCCCAAAAGCCACAACAAUAUUUUAUCUCGAUUAUUUUGUACUACAGCAUUUGUGUCGAAUAUUCAAUACCUGAAGACACUAAUGAGCUCGUUGAUGCUCUAGGGAUAAUUUCUCAUUCAGAUCUAGUUCUUAGACAGAAAAGAUCAUUGUCCAGUGGAUAUUUUGCAUUUGUGCUCAUUAUUUGUCAAGUUGAUUACCCUAUUAUGCUGUGAGGUAUAUGAAAUGUAAUUUGUUCCAUUGUCUUUCAUUUAGAGGAGAAAUUAUUUGUUGAUGAUAAAAUAAUCUUUCCUUAAUCCCUAGAUUCUUAUUACGUAGAAUGAUAUUUUCUCGUGCUUCGAGAUAUGUAUUCUUUAAAAAAUUAACUUAUUUACUAAAUUGAUAUAAUUGAUUUUUCUUGUCGAUAAUUGCCCCUUCCGGUAUUAUUCUGGAGUGAGCAUUGUCCUGAAUUCGCAUGCAUAAAAAACGUAAUUAUUCAAAUGAUCAUUGAAAUUCAUUGUCUAUUUAUACUGAUAUUUUUUGUGAUUUAAAUUAAAAAAUGAAGAGGCAGUGAAUGCAUCAGCGAUUGUUCUCUAGUGAAGAUUAAAACCGAAUUUUUUCUAAUAGUGCAUUUAUCUCGAUACAUUGAAGAGCUACCGGAAAAUGUUAGGGGAAUUUUUUUGAGGGAAUUCAAUGACCUCCAAAAAAAUUAAUUUUUAAGUUUUAG